ACACCACACCAACCUCAUCCGCACUACAUCCACCACUAAGAUGCCCAAUGACCCACAAACCCCCUCCUGAAACCCUCUACGCCCGACGCAAAACCCGCACCGCUGCCGCUAACACAACCUCACUCAACACAACUGCAACUGCAACCUCCGCCUCCGCCUCAACCUCAACCUCCACAAGCCCCCUCUCCUCCCCCGACACGGCAAGCCUCGCCAACACCAGCACCAUUCACCCCCCUCAACCCAAUACCACCCCCACCGCUUCCUCUUCCUCCUCCUCCUCCUCCUCAUCCACCACAAAAUCCCGCCGCCGUGGCCGCUCCCUCCGCACAAACCUCCUCCUCCGCCCACACCACACCUCGCCAAUCCCGUCACCCCCCUCCCCGAUAACCAUCCCCCCCAGCGCUACCCACGACGGGGACAACGGUGGCGACAAUGAUGGCAGCGGAAACGUAGCAAUGAGCGGAGGAGGAGGGAGGCGAAGCCGAACCAGCAGCUUCAUCCUCCUCCCCCGCCAGCAGGAGAUCGAAUCCGCAGCCGACACUGCUUACUACGGGUUCGUUGUUCUGGGGGCUACGUGGAUUGUAUUUGUCGUGGGCAUGGGCAGUGCGUUGGGGAUUUGGGAGUGGGCUUGGGAUGUUCCGGACUCUCCAUUUCUGAAAAUCGCGAACGAAUCCGAUGACGAUAAGGAGGUGCUCAUCCCCGGGUAUUACCCCGCGCUGGUGAUACUUACUUGCGUUAUGGCGUGGGUGUGGGUUGUUGUUGCGUGGAUGGGGAUGAAGUAUUUCAAGCAUGCGAAGAUUCAGGGGGGUGGAGAUGAUGGAUGAGCGGUUGGCGGAGGUGGGGGUAUGAUGAAGGGGGGGGGGGAUAAUGUUUAAUUUUCUUUCCUGGAUAGACGGGGGGGAGGGUAACUGAGCAGGUUUUUUCCAAGAGCGAGACAAGAGAAA